CACGGCGGAGGAAGGAUGGCGACGGCACACGACGUGUCGCCGCCGCUGUCUCUGAGCACGACCUUCACCUGCCCUGAGCCCGGAUCCGACGGGCACGUCUACAGUCGCAUCUCAAACCCAACCAGGGAACGAUGCGAGACUUUGCUCGGCGCCAUCGAGGGCACGCCAAGUUCGCCGGCGAGAGCGGUGCUGUAUGCCUCCGGCUUGGCGGCCACCUUCGGAGCGCUCUCACGGCUGCUGCCGAGCCGCGUCGCCAUCUCGGGAGGCUACCACGGCACGCACCAAGUCCUUGAGCAGCUCCAGCGUAUCUCGGGCGGAGCUAGCUGCAACCCGAUCCCGCUGCCGACACCGGAGGACGCGGCGGCCGUCCUGCGCGAGGGCGACGUGGUGUGGCUCGAAACGCCGCGCAACCCGGACUGCCACGUGGCCGACGUGGCUGCUUACGCCGACGCUGCGCGGGAAUUGGGUGGCGUGCGGGUGGUCGUCGACUCCACGUUCGCGCCGCCACCCCUCCAGCGCGCGCUGACGCUUGGCGCAGACAUUGUCAUGCACUCGACGACCAAGUACCUUGCGGGGCAUUCUGACGCGAUCGGUGGCGCGCUGUGCGUCCGCGACGCCGCGCUGGCCUCGGAGCUGCGCGCAGACCGCUCGGCGGUCGGGUCGACGCCGGGUGCACUGGAGGUCUGGCUCCUGAUGCGAUCGCUCCGCACCCUCCACCUGCGCGUUGAGCGCCAGUCGGCGACAGCGGCGGAGCUUGCCCACUGGCUGGAUCGCGCCAUGCCUGCCCUGACCCGACCUGACCUUGCCGUAGGGCUCGUGCACUCGGUGGCGCACCCUUCGCUGCCCUCGGACCCGUCGCAUGGGGUCGCACGGCGGCAGAUGAGCGGCGGUUACGGCGGCUGCUUCGCGCUGGAGCUCGCGUCGGAGCAAGCUGCGCGCAGCCUCCCCGCAGCCCUCCGGCUGUUCCGCGACGCGACGUCCCUCGGCGGCGUGGAGAGCUUGAUCGAGUGGCGGCGGAAGUACGACGACGCCAUCUCGCCGCGGCUGCUGCGCGUGAGCGUCGGCCUCGAGGAGGCGGCGCACCUGCAGGAGGACUUGCAGCGCGCCAUCCUUCAGGUGAGUGCGGCUGCG